AUGUUUCUGUGGCCCCCAGCCGACGUAAGUUUCGUCAAUAAUGUCAUAUUUCGAUGGUCCCCGGUCGUAGUGCAUUCGGUCAUGAUAUUUUGUGCGAGAACGGCCGAGGUAAAUAGGAAAUUAAUUGAGAUUUGAGAAAAAAAAAUCAGGUUGAUUGGAAAAUUCCCGAGAUCGACCUGAGUGGGACUUUCGAUGAGGAAGUCGCCCGGAUGAUGUUCUUAACAUACCGAGGAACACUCCCACUUUUCACCAGUACCUCAUUUUUUGAUUAUGAAGAAUUUAAAUUUUUUUUUUCAGUUUGGUUAUCCUUUGAGGAUAUAAAAUAUAUUGCAAUGCAGGCUCAAAUAACGGAUUGGACCUGGAAAAGGACUGAAGGUCCCUCGAUUUGUAUUUAUCCGUGGCCGUGGGAGAGAUUGAGUAGUGUAAGUGGAUGGUGGUACGAAAUGAAGAUUCGCGAAUUUGUUUUAUGCUAGUCACAAUUUUAAUUUUCCUCCAGGCUACAGAACCCUUCUUUUCGAUACGCAGAGAUUAUUUUUGUGCAUGCGCCUUUAAUAAAACGAGAGAUUUUAGGGACUUGUUUCUAUCUAUGAAAACAAAAGAUGUACGGGAAGCUUCCCUUCGAAUCCCACGACCUGCCUCUAUGCAUGCGCCUUUAAUUUAGCCUAAAUUUCACGUCAUAUUAAAGGCGCAUGUCCGUGGAAAGGCGCAUCGAAAAGAAAGGUUUUGUAGCUCGGAGUAAAAGGAAGGAUACGCAUUUUGGAGACAGCUUUGAACUUAAAAAUCAACUUACAAAAAAUUCUUACUAUAAAAACCAAUCAACUUUUCUAGAAUUCUAGAAUAUUCGGAAACUUUUUACAGUUCCAUACACUCUUGUCGGAAUUUCAGAAGCCUGGCGCGGCAAGUGAAAAAGGCCAGUUUUUGAAAUACAAUCCGAAAACGAAGAAGCUUUACGGAACUGAAGAUUACGUCGAAAUUUCUUUCAGGCAACUCCUCGAAAAGUAUAAGGAUCCGUACAAAGACGUGAGUUAGAAUACAUUAUGUUGAUAUUUUGAAUGUCAAAUAAUCGCUCAAGCUCCGCCCCUAACGACCCGAUGAACCAAUCACAAAUCGAGCCAUCCACAGAGCGUUUUCGAAUGACGUCAUUGUAUAUUCUGUUCAAAUUUUGGAUGUCAAGACAAAUGACGUCAUUUUGAAAUUGCUCUCUGAUUGGUUUAUGGCAUCAUCAGGGGCGGAGCUUGAGCGACAACAUGACGUUCAAAAUCUGAACGACCUAUAGCGGGAAAAUCCGAUUUUUAUAUGAAGUCUUGAAAAGAAAAAGUCAAUGUUAAAGUCGUUUUCAUUCAUUAUUUAAAAAAUUCGAAAACAAUUUUUGAUGUAAAAUGGAAAAAUUGAAAAAGAAAAAAAAAAGAGACUUUUUGAAAGUUCAUUGACUUCGAAAACUUAUUCAAAAACUCAGCGCAUUUCAUAGCAACAUUUUCCAGGUUCUCACACUAAAUUUAGGGUUUUUGUGUUCAUAUCAAGGCAUAUAGGUCUAGCUCAACAAAAAUAGGCUUAAGAAUGGCUUUUCGCUUCGAGACCCUUCUGAACAUUUUCUCAGCUUUUUUUCUAAAAACUUUGACAGAGAGGAUUUUUGAACAAUAUAUACGAAAUAAAGUAUUAUAUUUCGUAAUUUCAAGGUAAAUACUCCUUCUCAAAAAAUUUACCAAUGCUGGAGAAAAAUAUUUUUCGGUGGUUCGUUCGAAAAUUCGCUGGUUUUUUUUCAAACCACUUAACUUCUGUCCCAUUUAAAGAUCGAAAUUCGCAGAUUGCACUUUACGCGGCCAUCUUCGAAUCGGCACACGUCCCAGUAAAUACUGAAAACGGCAAAAUGACGGUCCGAACCAGGGAUUUCAUCAAUAAUUUCUCGUCGAGAAUCUCCGAAAUGCCGCCGAAGUUUACGGACGAGCUCCUCAAGUGCGUGAGGGCCAACGCCGGGCCGACCAUCCCGCUGGCCUUCGCCGGAAAUAUGCUCUUCUACGUCACAAUCGAAGCUGAAACAGUAAUAUUUACUACUUAUUGGGUUAUUCAUGGAUAGCAAAAAACCAGCCGCCUGGAAUUUAAAGAUUAUCGGUUGAAAACUAUAGGCUUCUGAGAAAAAGCUUCUCGAAUGAAUCCAGGAAGAGUCCUGUACGCGCCUGAACCUUCCUCUUCCAACUAGACCGCCUGGCGCAGUGGCUUGAGGGCCAGUCUCAUGAUCAGAUCGACCAUUUUUCAUAAGUUCGACUCCUGUCAGGGACAAACCUUUUUUUUGCAUUUUUCUUAUAGACAAAAAACUUAUCAAAAAGACUUGAAAUUGAUAGAAACGUUUUUUCUUCCAAUUCAACUGUUUCUCAAAUGUUUUUAAUUGUAAUUUUGAGUAGAAUUAUGAUGCUUGUUAAAUUUUAGACCCCGUGGAAAUUUCUUUUAUGAAUUCACACAAAAAUGAUGACUCACUGAAGAAUAUUCCCAGUACAUUCAAAUUCCGUUCUUUCUUGAAAAAUUAAGUAAUUUUUCUUCUGAAAAUCACUUCUUUCUAACUUUCUUAAAAGGCUCCAUUUUCGCAGCUUCAAUACCAGAAAAUGUAAUAUUUUCCGCUUUUUUUUGUUGUCAAGGGUGACAAAAAUAGUGAGAAGCUGAAAUAAAUGAAGCGGAUGACUUGGGAAAGAGCCCAGAGAAGGAGAGUUUCUCGUGCUUUUUUCUAUUUCCUGCUGCUCUCUUUUCCUUUCGCCGCUCAUUUUUGCCCCUUUUUUCCACACAGAAGCUUCUUUUUUUUGGUAUUGGAGUUUUCGAAAGAAUUCAUUUUUACUCUUCUUUUUUCUACCAUUGUAGUGGCCACCAAGAAACGAAAAAUGGCUUCUAUAGAGUUUGUUUUAAAGACCACUUUAGUGUCUUUUAGUAGUCCUUUAGGGACCUCUUAAGGGGUCACUAGCGUUUUUCCCACACGGUGUUUUUGUUAGUCGAAGAAAAGGCGAAACCAAAAACACGGUGGGCGGAGCCAAAAUAUCUGCCUUUCCCGCGUGACGUCAUGUGAAAGAUAGAGAUUUUGGCUCGAAAAACGUAAAAAAAACAGGGCAUAUUAAAGGCGCAGGCAGCCGUAUUGCCAAAGGGUUUUAAGACGAAUCGAAAUUUCUCUAAAUGCACCCGAUUUUCUGCGCCAAAGCGGCGCCGUGCGUGCACACGACACUUUACGGAGAAAAAGUGCGCGUAGCGUCGUCGAAAAAACGCCGUUCCCAGGAUGGUGAUGAACAAAAUUGCUUUCAGAAGCAAGAUUUCACGUUCUACCAGGGACUGACAAGCUCGCGAAGUUUUGCUCUGCGGGACGUCGCCAACCUCCUCAACUGCAGUUUGGCCAAAGUCAAGGCGCUCGCCGAGGAUUUUCCGCCCUGUUAUCAUCAUGAAUACGUCUUCCCUUUCAGCGCCAUGGACACCUUGAUCGGCAUUGUCGAUGAUCCGUCGAGUUAGUUGGAAAAUAAGACUUUUUUAGAAUCUAUCAGUAUUUAUUUUUUCAUAUUUACCUCUUUUUUGAUUUUUUAUACUUUUUUCAAAUUUUUUUGUAUACAGUAGUUGAUGAAGAAUGUAUACAGAAGAAAUGAAAAAUUUGGUACAAAUUCUGCAGCGAAUCUUUGACUGCGUGUAAAUAUUUAAUUUAAAAUAAUAGUGUGUUUAAAAUCCUUGAUUUUAGUUAAAAAUUUAAAUUCAAAAUUAAUUUUUCUUGCACAUUUUUCUCAAUUUUCGUCAAUUUUCGUCAAUUUUUUUUUCUUCAUUUUUUUGCGAUUUGAGUUUUUUUCGACAGUUUUAUGAAAUUCUCCGUUGGAAAAAGCUUCCAUUAGGGUAGAAUUUUUUUCAAUUUGUGGCCAUUGAUAUAAUCAUGGUAAGAAACUUUUUGUAAAAUUUUCUGGCCUUCUUUCGAAAAUGAAGAUUUUCAAGCAACAGUGUUUAAAAAAUACUUAAGAGUUUCAAAAACACCUGGUCAAGUACCUUUACCCAAAAAUAAUGAGUUUUUUUUCAGUAAAAAAUGAUGCGAAGAAAUACCAGGAAUUGAUCCGUUCCGUCGGCUAUAUUUACACGUUCGUUUUUUUCUGUUUUCAAUAAGAAAUCUCAAAAAAUUCGUUCAGACCGUCCGAUAUUUCCUGA